AUGGAGGAAAAUGUUUUCGGGGUAGAAUAUGGAACAAUACAUUUUGGAGCGCAGUUUCCUUCCGACCAGAUAACAGAUAAAAAGGAGAAAUUUCCAAGAAAAUUCUAUGAAUAUUUACUUCUAGUUUUCACUUUCCUUCAUGUGUUAUGUCUGCUUGAAGAGAAACAACGUUACAUGUUAAGCUUAGGCACCGCAAAAAUGUAUCACAGAGUAGUCACAAAACAUAUAAAAAAAUCUCUUUUAGCUUUAUGGCAUUACACGCUUAAACAAGACACGAAGAAAUAA